AUGAUGUCGGAAAUGGGCGUGCCAUCACACCUUAUCUUCCUUGUCCAGAGGCUGUACCUUGACGGGUCGAGCUUUGUGAAAUUGGAUGAAUCACAAUCUGAAACAUUCCAUACAGAACGAGGGGUCCGUCAGGGAUGCAUACUUUCUCCGAAGCUGUUUAACCUCUACGGCGAGUAUAUUAUGAGGAAGGCGCUUGAUGGCUGGAACGGCGGCGUUACGGUGGGCGGUACGAAGAUCACGAACCUAAGAUAUGCCGAUGAUACAACAAUCCUUGCAGCCAGCGAGACCGAGAUGGCUGCGAUCUUGGAGCGAAUAGAGAGAGUGAGCCUUGAAUUUGGCCUGCACAUAAACCGCUCUAAGACCAAAGUGAUGACGGUGGACAGAGCUCAAGUUUUAAGUCCAUCAAAUGCACUCAAGGAUUAUGAGAAAGUGGAGGAAUUUAUAUACUUGGGGUCGCUGAUCUCUAACCGUGGUAACUGCGAGAAAGAAAUCGGACGCCGUAUCGGGAUGGCUAAAAGUGCCAUGACUAGCCUCGAUAAAAUCUGGAAAGACCGCGAUGCUGUGGCGCUGUGGUCGGAGUCGUCGCUUAUGAACCCAGAGGAAGUGGGGGGUUACGUCGAAGGCGACAUCCUGUUGUCGUCCUCGCGGGCCAGGAAUGGCGUCAAGGAUCAAUCAUUCUUAUGGCCAAAGGGACACAUUCCUUAUUUAAUCGAUGGAUAUUUCAACUCUGAACAACGCGAAACUAUCAUGAAGGCUAUUGCUGAUUACCACCGGCUAACUUGUCUGCGCUUCGUUCCCUACACCGGCCAGCAAGACUACAUCGUUAUUCAAAGCAAGAACACGGGCUGCUGGUCCAGCGUUGGAAGGAUGGGUGGACGUCAGGAAGUGAAUCUGCAGGUCCCUGGGUGCGUCAGUAAGAAGGGCACGGUGCUUCACGAACUUCUUCACGCGAUCGGUUUCAUGCACGAGCAGAGUCGGCCAGAAAGAGAUGACUUUGUCUAUGUCCAUUACAACAACAUUAAACCGGGUUCGGAAGGUAAUUUCAGGAAGGCUGACACGAAGAGCUCCCACGGGUACGGCGUACCGUAUGACUACAAUAGCGUUAUGCAUUAUUCUGAGUACGCUUUCUCGAAGAAUUCGCAGAAGACCAUCACUCCUAAGGUGAGCAGCGCCAAGCUCGGACAGAGGGAGGGACUCAGUCGUGGCGACGUCAGAAAAGUUAACAACAUGUACAACUGCAAGAAAGAAGAACCCCAAACCGGCUGGCUCGGCGGAAUCUUCCAGAACAUAUUCGGAAAACCAAAGAACUACAUAAGUUCGUUUUACUACUAGUGAAAUACAUCGAACGGUACACUCGGCGGCCCGACCAACCAAGAUCUGAUCUAGUUUUUAAUAAUUUAACUUCUAUAAUAUCCUAGUCUCCUAGUACGUAAGAGUUGAAAAUUGAAUAAAAUAAUAAUUUUGUUGUGUUCAUUCGUUUUUUUUUUACAUCCAAUGCGUAAUAAUAUCCGCCAGCCACCAUUUCGAGCCCCAGUGUGGUCAGGGCGCGGAGGUCAUGCUCCAGGCGGCUGGCCGAUCCAUCGUCUGGUCGAAGGACCGUCGAGGCGAUUCGCCCGG